AUGACUUUCCUUCCAAAGUGGUUAACCUUUCUAAAAGGCAAAGAGGUUGUUAUUGCUAAUGCUAUAAUUGCAAUAUUGACAAUUGGUGGGCAGCAACUCUUCUCUUUUUUUACAUUCAACUGUCCCUGUCAUGCUGGGCAGAACCUUGUCUAUGGGCUGGCUUUCCUAGGAGUUCCUGCACUGAUCCUUUUGGUUGUUGGCUAUGCCCUGAACAACCAGACUUGGAGGCUGGUUACAGGCAAAAGGUCUCCUCUCCAGGAAGUGACUCCACCGCACCGGUUACUGCAAUGCAAGCUGAUCUGCUUUGUCUUGUGCAGCAUUACUGGGAGAGCACUGGUUGCUCCAGUAACGUGGCUAGCUGUUACCCUGAUAAAUGGCUCAUAUUAUGUCUGUGCCAUGAGUGAGUAUGUCUCCGUGCAUUAUUAUGGAGCUAAUCCUAACAUUACUACUAGCGAACACAGGAGGAUAUCGGCUGUGUUUCCGUGCAGUCAGUUAGUUCCUCCAGAGCUGACCCGGGCAAGAGAUGAAGUGAUUCUCCUACUCCGAUACCAGUCACAAGUGGCUGGCUGGCUUCUGAUUGCUGUGGUAGUCAUCACUGUCUUCCUGUCUUACUGCCUGGCAAGCUGUUUCUCCCCACUCAGCUACCUACAUUUCAGAUACUGGAGCAGCUAUGUCCACAAUGAGCAGGAGCUCUUUGAUGAAGCGACAGACCAGCACUCCAGGCUCUAUGCCAUGCAGCAUGUAAGGAAGUUCUUUGGCUUUGCCCCAGGGAGUGAAAACGUGAAGGAAAUCCGUAUCCCGUCUCUCAGAGAGUGGCAAGCCAUUUCCGGACUGGCCUUUCUGAAACGAGUGGAUGAGGAGCAUUACGACUACAGCCUCCUCCAUGACUGGGCACUCAAAGAGUCUGCAGAUGGAAGAUACCUGAAGACUGAUGAAGAUCCUGUGAUCAGAAUAUAG